AUACUUGCAAGCGCAUGAAUCUUUCGAUGGUCACCACAACAAUAAUGGUAUCGAGCCAUCUACAAACUACGGAUAUACAGGUUUUUGUUUUGUUUUAAUGGCUCAAGAAACCGCUUGCUUCAGAAAGGUCACUCAGUGGAUCUUACGCACUUCGAGUCACAUCAAAAUGGACACGAGGCUUUUUGUAAUUGGGGUGUUGACCACGGCAUCAUGAUAACUGUCCCAAAGCUCGACUUAUAUACCAAACAUCGACUAAUCUCCACUUGUUCCCCGCUGAUGCAUAUCACGCUCUUAGAGUUCAUACUACACCCAUCAUGCCAUUUGCUGCAGUGGGAUCGAGUUUGAAGAUCACCGCAGAUGAAACACAAGCACUGAAGUCUUUGCCAGUAGCAGCACAGAUCACUGCAAAGAAAGCUAUACAGGGAUCCGUCGCAGAUCUGGGAAGGCUGGUCGAUUUUAUUUCGAUGCUCAAUUCUUCCCGUUACUGUUGCUUGGCGCCCAUCUUUCACGCUACGCUUAGUUCAAUUCAAGUACCAAACUACAUCAAUCCCAAGACUAUUCCUACCAUCAUGCGCGCCAAGUGGGCUCUCGUGGGAUUGGUGAAGAUCUCCACUGUUACCCCUUCAACUUAUGAUGACAUGGACGACCCCGUGACAAAGUAUCUCGUGAGGAGGUGGGACGACGCAUACCCUUGGAUGCGAUUCUUUGCUAGGAAUUGCCUCCCUCCUCCUUAUGAUGUCUCGGUUUCUCCUCCGCGCCCUGACCUUUGCAAUGUGUUCGAUGCUGCAAAAUUGUGCAUCACCCCGCUCUCAUUAAUCUGCACCAAAUCGGAAGAAGGGCGUCAUUUGCUUCGUUCUUCUGUUUCUGUCCAGCACUAUGUUGCACAGUUAUGGAUAUUGAUCGGAAACCUCAAGGGAGAUGUACUCCAAGGCGACCCUGGAACUACAUCGGAAGGCCUUAUCUCUAUGCUUCGGGCGUCUUUUGCUCUAACGAACCAUGUUUGCGUAUCUGAAUCUGAAGAUCCAAACAAAAUCAUUCUUCCUUUAUCGAAUUAUAUACAAGCUGCAGGAGGGGUGAAGCCCGUUGUCUUUACCCUUCUCAGAUACAUCCGUCGGAUUACCAGAGAUGCUGCUGCUGUAGAAGCACCUCGAUCGUGGACGCCAUCCGAUCGGAGUGUAAAUCAACUUCAUCUUUAUACUGACGCUUCAUGCCGCGAACAACUUAUCCGCCAAGGUUCGAUCCGCACGGUGGUAGGCGCGAUCACUGAGAUAUUGCCGAAGAUCUUGGUGCAAGCAAGCAAGGAGAUGGAUUUUCAUCCACAGCUGGGACUCGCGGGUAGGCAGAACGUUCUGUGGUCAGGGUACUCGUAUAUUGCAUCCGCUAUCCGUGAUGCAGAGGACGGGGUGACAGCUGCAUGUCAGGCAAUCGAUGCUGGAGUCCUUCAAAUCUUGGAGAAGGGGGUUGUUUGCCCACCUCACGCCGAUCGCCGCGAUCACCCCACCCGUGGACGCAUGGGCGACAUAGAAUUGCUCUUCCUUCUCGCCACGUUUUUCAUGUACCACAGGGUCGUUGAAUCAAUUUUCCGACACUGGAUUCGCAUGCAAAGUGCUCCUAUGCAAAAACGAGAGAUACGCGACAAAGGGUUGGGAGUCGCCCUCGAACUCGUUCUGACAUCUACUAUCGAUGCUAUGGACCAUCGCAGUGUAGAACCUAUUAACUUCCAUGAAUACAGGUGCAGUGGUCCAGGAUGUCCGAUGUGCACAUCCGAGUUUGUAAGCAAAAAGCGUCGGUGCUCAGGCUGCUUGGUAUCAAUAUAUUGCUCGGAGAAAUGUCAAAGGGCUGCUUGGCGCAAUGGACACAAGAGGUGGUGUCAAGUUCUGAGAUGCACCGUUGGGCCGUGGGGCUCACGCGAUAUUCGUACGAGUCUUCAAGUCAUCGCAGGCUUUGAAAACAGCGAGAUCUCGGGAAUGGCCAAAGAUGUGGAAACGCGCGUUCGUGAAGCACAGCAGCAGUUUCCUGCAUUCCGCGAUAGACUCGUGCUCAUGCUGGACAUGAGUGUGUAUCCGCCAGAAGUCCACGUGCUCCCUGUGCACAAGCUUGAGCAGUUUCCUGGAAAUGACCCCAUAUGGCCGGAGAUCGCUGAUGAGAUCCGCCAACGAAGCGAGUCGCCACCGAAAGGAUAUAUGUUUUCGGUGGUCAAGGUUAACCUGGGGAAGCCGAAGGUUACGCUGUUCAGCCCGAGCACAGCGUUGCGUAUGGCAUUUGAGGGCCAGUAUUUUUCGGAUGAUGAGAUAUCUGUAGAUGAAGAUGAAAUUGAUGAUUCAAAAACUCCAGGCCAUGAGGACUUGGAUCAUGGUUCAGAGUCAUUGGAUGAUGGAUAAGUGCUACGAUGUUUGACGGUCAUUAUGCUAUGUGUUCAGUUGCUUUCGUUAACUAUGACCUUCCUUUACUCUGUACAGAACACACGCAAUACCAAUCUUGUAGGUUGAUUGGGCUGA